AUGGCCAAGCAGACCGAGGACGAGCGUGGAAGACUGGAUCCCCCGGCCUCCACAACGGCGAGACCGAAGGCUGACCGACACGGCUCCGAUCACAAGGUUGGCGAGAACUGGUUCCUGGAGAUGCGCGCCUCCUGUGUGGUUCGCGAGGCGAGGCAAGAGGCGUUUGUUAGUCACGCUGCCAUUGUUUAG